AUCAAAUAAAAAUUUUUUAAAGAAUAAUUCUUUUAAAUAAGAAAUUAAAAAUAUCAAAACACAAAAAGAUCCAAACGCUAUAAAAAUGAAUUCGCGUCAAAUCUUCUUUGCUCUCUUGAUUGUGCUUAUGGCUACUAUUGUAACAGCCUCUCCUUUGAAUUUAGAUCAGUUAAUUAAGAGAAAAAAUGCUCAAAAAGACGAAAGUCCAUCGAAAGAAAAAGACGGCAAAGUCAAGGCUAGGCGGCGCCUAGUUUAUUCAUCAUCAUAUUUUGUAUAUUAGAAACUUUUUAUCAAACAUUAUUUAUUCAUUCUCACUUAUUUAGUAUUAUUUCAAAGCAUGAUAU